UGAGUUGCAGGCUGGGGGUGGGGGUGGGUUGCGGUUGAGGAGCGAUAGGUUGAGGAACGGAGGCAUUAUCUGUGGGAUCUAUUGUUUCCUGGCACACUGGGAGGAAAAACAAAGGGAUUUAUUAGCAUUUACCCUGUAAUUUUUUUUCUUUUCCUUUUUUUAAUGUGGUCGGGGAGCGCGGCUCUCCCCGUGCCACACUGGGAUCCGCCUGGCAGCCGCCGGGAGCUGCAGCCAAUGUGUUAGGACUUCAGGUGCUUCUUGGCACAAAGCUAGACUGCGACCUCCUACCAUAGCGCUUGGCGUCACCUGCUCUCCCGGCCCUGCCCCGGGGCCAAGGGACUGCGUCCCGAACCAGGCUUGGGAAUCGGCUGCCUCUCAAAUGAACCUCUAGUCUUGCUUUGAAAAAGCCAUUUUGUGUAACUCUUGACUGAAUAAUUUCCUAAUACACCUGUUGGGAGGAUCACUGACACAGUAUGCCAUUUGAGAGGUACUUUUUCUUGACCAAAUACUGGUGAUUAGAGAAGAGAGGUGUUCUGUUUUUUGUUUUGUUUUUUCCUGAUCAUUAUGAACAUUGGCUUUUCACUCCUGAAGUAAAAAUGUUGAAAACCGAGUCUUCAGGUGAACGUACCACUCUCAGAAGUGCCUCUCCUCACAGGAACGCAUAUAGAACUGAGUUCCAGGCACUGAAAAGUACCUUUGACAAACCCAAGUCAGAUGGGGAGCAAAAAACAAAAGAAGGUGAGGGCUCCCAGCAGAGCAGGGGGAGGAAAUACGGCUCCAAUGUCAACAGAAUUAAAAACCUAUUUAUGCAGAUGGGUAUGGAGCCCAGUGAGAAUGCCACAGUCAUUGCCAAAACAAGGGGGAAAGGUGGACCUUCAUCCCCUCAGAGAAGAAUGAAGCCCAAAGAAUUUCUGGAAAAAACAGACGGCUCGGUUGUUAAGUUGGAGUCCUCUGUUUCAGAACGAAUUAGUAGAUUUGACACAAUGUACGAUGGCCCUUCAUAUUCUAAGUUCACAGAAACUCGGAAGAUGUUUGAGAGAAGCGUGCACGAGUCAGGACAAAACCACCGCUAUUCCCCAAAGAGAGAGAAAGCUGGAGGGAGUGAACCUCAGGAUGAGUGGGGUGGUUCCAAGUCCAACAGAGGCAGUACUGAUUCCUUGGACAGCCUUAGCUCCCGAACAGAGGCUGUCUCCCCAACUGUGAGUCAACUGAGUGCGGUAUUUGAGAGCACCGAUUCCCCCAGUGCCAUCGUUCCUGAGAAGGCUGAAAACAACGACUACUCAGUGACUGGGCAUUAUCCCCUGAAUUUACCGUCUGUUACUGUUACGAAUCUUGACACCUUUGGGCACCGUAAGGAUUCGAAUUCUUGGUCUCCUCCACGCAAACACAAUGAUGCUGCAGAGGAUGCUCAGAAGAGUCAUACAACUCCAGUACCAGAAGUAGCUUCGAAGAGUACCUCUGUGGCUUCCGUGCCUAGUGAAGAGGCACAGCAGAGCAAGGAAGCCGAGGACUCCACAUCUAACCAGGAGACUCCUGACAGAAUUGACAAAGACACUCCUGAAGAACCUUGUGCUGAAAACAAGGCAGUGUCAGAGCCUGAAAUCGCUUCACCACAAAACGAACCUUUAGAAGACGCAGAAGCUAAUUUGGUGGGGAGCGAGGCAGUAAUGCAACAGAAGAAAGAACUUGCAGGUGGUGAUUUUACCUCAGCUGAUGCUUGUAGAUUCAGUUGUGGAAAGGAAGCACCCAGAGAUUCAAACAAUUUUGAGAGCUCCCAUGUUUACAUGCACAGUGACUAUAAUGUAUAUAGGGUAAGAUCCAGGUAUAAUUCAGACUGGGGAGAGACAGGCACUGAACAGGAUGAGCAGGAAGAUAGUGAUGAAAACAGCUACUAUCAACCUGAUAUGGAAUACGCAGAAAUCGUUGGAUUACCAGAAGAAGAAGACAUCCCAGCAAAUAGGAAAAUUAAGUUUAGUAGUGCUCCAAUUAAGGUCUUCAGCACAUAUUCCAACGAAGACUAUGACAGGAGGAAUGAUGAAGUUGACCCUGUGGCUGCUUCAGCAGAGUAUGAACUUGAAAAGCGUGUAGAAAAGCUGGAACUUUUCCCGGUGGAACUAGAAAAAGAUGAGGAUGGACUUGGUAUAAGUAUUAUUGGAAUGGGUGUUGGAGCAGAUGCUGGACUUGAAAAGCUGGGAAUAUUCGUCAAGACAGUAACAGAAGGUGGUGCUGCUCAGCGAGAUGGCAGAAUACAAGUCAAUGACCAGAUUGUGGAAGUGGAUGGAAUCAGCUUGGUGGGUGUUACACAGAAUUUUGCUGCAACAGUUCUCAGAAACACCAAAGGCAAUGUCCGAUUUGUUAUUGGGCGAGAAAAACCGGGACAAGUGAGUGAGGUUGCCCAGUUGAUAAGCCAGACGCUGGAACAAGAGAGGCGCCAGAGAGAGCUGCUUGAACAGCACUAUGCUCAGUACGAUGCCGACGAUGAUGAGAACACUGUGGCUGAAUUGCAAGGAGUGUCUGGCAACUGCAAUAACAAUAACAACUAUUUCCUUAAGACAGGAGACUAUGCCACAGAUGAAGAGGAGGAUGAGGUAGGACCUAUUCUUCCUGGCGGUGACAUGGCCAUUGAAGUCUUUGAGCUGCCUGAGAAUGAGGACAUGUUUUCCCCAUCAGACCUGGACACAAGCAAGCUCAGUCACAAGUUCAAAGAGUUGCAAAUCAAACAUGCGGUUACAGAAGCAGAGAUUCAAAAAUUGAAGACCAAGCUACAAGCAGCAGAAAAUGAGAAAGUGAGGUGGGAACUAGAAAAAACCCAACUCCAGCAGAAUAUAGAAGAGAAUAAAGAAAGAAUGUUGAAGUUGGAGAGCUACUGGAUUGAGGCUCAAACAUUAUGCCACACGGUGAACGAGCAUCUCAAAGAGACUCAAAGCCAGUAUCAGGCCUUGGAAAAGAAAUACAACAAGGCAAAGAAACUGAUCAAGGAUUUUCAACAAAAAGAACUUGAUUUCAUCAAAAGACAGGAAGCAGAAAGAAAGAAAAUAGAAGAUUUAGAAAAAGCUCAUCUUGUGGAAGUUCAAGGCCUGCAAGUACGGAUUAGAGAUUUGGAAGCUGAGGUGUUCAGGCUACUAAAGCAAAAUGGGACUCAAGUGAACAACAACAACAACAUCUUUGAGAGAAGAACAUCUCUUGGUGAAGUCUCUAAAGGAGAUGCCAUGGAGAACAUGGAUGUUAAGCAGACGUCUUGUCAUGAUGGCCUGAGUCAAGACUUUAAUGAAGCCGUUCCAGAGACAGAGCGCCUGGAUUCAAAGGCAUUGAAAACCCGAGCCCAGCUCUCCGUGAAGAACAGACGCCAGAGGCCCUCUAGGACAAGACUCUAUGAUAGUGUCAGUUCAACAGAUGGGGAGGACAGUCUGGAGCGAAAGCCUUCAAACAGUUUCUGUAACCACAUGUAUGUUACCAAAUCACUUCUGCCCAAGGGUUUGCGAACUCCAGAAUCAGGUUCUAGUGCUCCAUCCCUCACUCCAGUGGCUGGCAAUGUGCCCUUCUCACCUGACCUCAUAGCUGAAUUUCAAGAAGGACCGCUGCACUCAGAAAGGGACCCUUCCUCCUCUACUGGGGGAGACACUUCACUCUCCUCACCUUCAAAAUCUGAUCAUGAUAUGGAAGAAUCUCCUCGCCACCGUCAAGCUACCACCAAGAAAAUACUACAAGAAAAAGACGUUGCCAAAGGUCCCAGGUCACUGAGGGCAUCCAGUUCAUUGGUGGUGCGAGGAGGAAAAAUUAAGCGGAAGUUUGUGGAUCUGGGGGCACCUUUGCGAAGGAAUUCCAACAAGGGAAAGAAAUGGAAGGAAAAAGAGAAAGAAGUCAAUAGGUUUUCUCCAGGUAGCAGGCUCUUCAGAGGCAGGCUGGACCACUGGAAACCGAAGCCAGCCGCCACCGCUCAGGCCUCCACUCGCUCAACUGGCCUGCCUUUCUCGUGGUUUAACGAAAGCCGGAAAGGAUCCUAUUCCUUCAAGAACCUGCCUUCGACUACAAGUCCCCUUCAGCCUUCUCCUGAAACUCUAAUUUCUGAUAAAAAGGGGUCCAAGAACUUUACCUUCAACGAUGACUUCAGUCCCAGCAGUACCAGUUCAGCAGACCUGAGCGGCCUGGGAGCAGAACCCAAAGCACCUGGGCUCUCCCAGUCCUUGGCUCUCUCGUCAGAUGAGAGCCUGGAUAUGAUAGAUGACGAGAUCCUUGACGAUGGACAGUCUCCCAAACACAGUCAGUGUCUGAAUCGGGCCGUUCAUGAAUGGAGUGUGCAGCAGGUUUCUCACUGGCUAAUGAGCCUAAAUCUGGAGCAGUAUGUCUCUGAAUUCAGUGCCCAAAACAUCACUGGAGAGCAACUCCUGCAGUUGGAUGGAAAUAAACUUAAGGCUCUUGGCAUGGCUUCGUCCCAGGACCGAGCUGUAGUCAAAAAAAAACUCAAGGAAAUGAAAGUGUCUCUAGAGAAGGCUCGGAAGGCUCAAGAGAAGAUGGAGAAACAAAGAGAAAAGCUGAGGCGGAAGGAACAGGAGCAAAUGCAGAGGAAGUCUAAGAAGACAGAAAAGCUGACAGAGGGGGCUGGUGAGCAGUAAGGCCCCCGGAGAGACGCCGCCACUUCCUCCUGCCCGCUCUCCCCGAGGAUGCAGGAACUGAUGACGGGUAAUGUGCUCUAGGCAGACUAGGGAACCGUGCGUUCAGUAACUGCAUUUGCUGCAAUAAUAGAAUACACUCUUCCUUUUAACCUCCUGAGAUAAUCCCAAGCCACCUUUGGUUUCGUAACAAACCAACGAUCCCAUUUGUGAGAGACGCCAAAUAGCGGUGUCUCUCUUCUUUUGUGUUGGGUGGGUGGUGUCACUUGGAAAACCAGCAUGAGCCUGCCCAGCAGGAGCACGACGCACCCUGGUGGUGUCAGUGGAGCCGCCAUGAAUUUUCAGUCUGGUUGCCUGCAGCUGGCCAGUGGCACACAUCUAUAUGGCCGAGAGCACCACUCUGCCAUGAGAUCUGGGCUGCGGAAUCUCCUCCAGAGUGUGGGAAAAGUGCCCCCUCGUAUCUGUGUCUGGACAGUGAGACAACCCCACUGCGGAAACGUGGGGGCUCUGCCACAUAAUUACCUACCAUGGCAAAAAAAGCAAACUGUUCUGCUUGCUGGGCAUCAGGAAGAGAGAAAAGAAUUAAUUAUUUGUUAACCCCAGAAGGAAGCAGAAGCCUUAAGAAUGUGAAUGUGGGUAUUACCUUGGGGUUCUGAGGGUAACAUUUAUCCUCCAGAUUUAGCCAAACAAAGAAAAAUUUAGACAUUAACGCAGCCAUGGGAUACUGGGAUCUGUUGUUUACUUUGCUACUUCUGCGUGUUCAGUAUUUCAGCAACACUGACACACACAACACAGUUCCUUUUUCCCCCCAACAAAUUGAACAGGAAAUUGGUUUUUAAGGAAACCAACAUUUUCAGGUUUCCUCUCCUGGCGAACAUUCUGGCUGGUCUUCAGCCUUACUGUGACACAGUCAGGAACUCGUCACAGAUUUUCUACUCAAGAUUUCCCCAGUGGGCUCGGUUAGUGUAUUAACAAAUGUCCUUUUAAGAAAAAUAAAAAUACUAGUUAGAGAAAAGUUAGAUUUGACUAACA